CACACCCAGCUGAUCCAUCCCCGAUUCGACCAUCAGAGAAAAAAAGAAAAGAUCCAUCCCCAAUUCGAGCUCCACCUCCACCGAACCCUCAAUCCCACCCUCCACCCAACAAUGGAUCCGGCCGCCGCCGCCGCCCGGCGGCAGGCGGACAAGUGGAUGAGCGUGGCCGAGAAGCUCCUCAUGGCGAAGGACCUCGAGGGCUGCAAGGAGUUCUCCUCCCAGGCCAUCGCCGCCGACCCCCGUACCCCGGGCGCCGAGGAUCUCUACGCCGCCGCCGACGUCCUCCUCGCGUCCCAGCGCCGCCGCUUACCCAGCGGUCAGCCCGAUCCGUACGCCGUUCUCGGCCUCGACUCUGCCAAGCCCGCAUCGCGCCUCCCGGACGUCGUCCAUUCCAAGUUCCGCCGGCUCUCCCUCCUCCUCAACCGGUCCCACCCCGACCGCCCCUGCUCGAUGUACGUCGCCGAGGCUGCCCGCCUCGUCGCCGAUGCCUGGGCCUUCCUCUCCAACGCCGGACUUAAGUCUGCCCUCGACGCCGAAUUCGAUGCAGCCGCUGCACCUCGCGCUUCCCACCCUCCCGCGCCGUUGCAACAGCCGGCGGUGGAGAGGAGGCCGCAGCCGUCGCCGCCUCCACAGCAGAGCCCCGGAUGGGCAGCUCCCCAGCCACGGCCACCUCCACAGCGGAUCCCGGUACGGCCAGCUCCCCAGCCAACGCCGCCUCCACAGCCGAGUUCGCUGCGAGCAGCUACCCAGACACCGCCGCCUCCGCAGCCGAGUUCGCUGCGAGCAGCUACCCAGCCGCCGCCGCCUCCACAGCCGAGCCCGCUGCAAGCAGCUACCCAGCCACAGCCGUCUCCACAGCCAAGCCGGCUGCAAGCAGCUACCAGGCCACAGCCAAGUCCGUCGCAAGCAGCUACCAAGCCACCGCCGUCUCCACAGCCGAGUCUGCUGCAACCUGCUACCCAGCCACCGCCGCCUCCACAACCGAGUCCGCUGCAAGCAGCUUCCCAGCCACCCGCCAGAGCAGCGACUCCACCGGUGGAGUCUGGCACAUUGCCUCCGUCGACGUUCUGGACAUUGUGCAAGGGGUGCUCCCAUAUUCACCAGUAUGAUCGCCUCUACGAGGCGCGCAAACUGAAGUGCUCCAGCUGCCACCAGCCAUUUGUAGCCGAGGCAAUGGCCGAGCCGCCGCCCAUUGUGCCGGGCACUGACAUGUAUUACUGUACCUGGGGCUUCUUCCCCAUUGGGUUCCCUGGGUGCCCUGGCUACGCGGAUCUGGUCAAUUCCCAGCCACAGGGGUCAGGCCAGCUGAAUGUGCCAUGGCUUGGAGCCAAUGGUAGGGUUGCUGCUGAGAAUGGGACUCCCAUUACCAUAGGUGCUGCAAGGGAGGGGCCUGUGGCAUCUGAACCUUCGCCGGAACCUUUGAUGCGCACGGGAGUGGAGGUGCCACUGGUACCGGAACCUGCGCCAGAACCUUUAAUGCGCAUGAGAGUGGGGGUGCCAGCCGUGCCGGAACCUGUGAUGCCCACAAGAGUGGAGGCUCCAGCCGCGCCGGAACCUGUGAUGCCCACGAGAGUGGAGGUGCCUGCCGCGCCGGAACCUGUACAGCCCACGAGAGUGAAGUCAGUGAAAGUGGGAGCAAAGAAGCGUGGUCGACCCAAAGGCAGCAAGAACAAGAAGAGUUUGCGAGUUGUGACUUGAUAGCGAUGAAGAUGAUUGGCAUGGCAUGAUCAUAGGUCAGACCGGGUUAGUUCGGCUAUUAAUUUCAUCCUGUUGUCGUUGACUGAAGCAUUUGCUCUGUUGGUUGGGUACUACUCAUUUGCUGCUGACAGAGUGACAGUAUCUACAUGAGAAGCAUGGCUACUUUAGUGAUGGAAUAAGUUAUUUGUUUACCGGGUAGUCUUUUCUUAGUUGAUGAGUUGUGUGACCGUUGUUGCCAUUUAUGCUUUAGAUGAUGUAGCUGUUGUAUGCUGUCCAAUUUCAUGACUCUCCUUGAGCUAGCUUUGUGGAUCCAAGAUUCCUGGGGAUUGCUCUUUGUUAACUGAGCAAUGUACAUUCAAACAAUGUGCUGCAAUAAUCGGACAGUUGAUGUUAUGUGUUUC